CGUCGCUCCAAGAAAAAAAAUUUUUCUUGCUUCCCAAAUUCAGGGUUCCCCUCUUCCCCUCCCUUAUUAUUUGUCCAGUUUGGGAACUAUUUGUAUUCGCUUUUCUGAAGGAAUUCAAGCAAGAUACAUUUUCCAUCGGGCAUCAAUCCUGGAUUGUUUGCAAAAGUUUUGCAUUAACAAACAACUCCACCUGAUCUGCACUUUGAGAAUUGUCGUUUCUUUCUUUUUUUUUUUCCUUUGAGAACUUUUUUCUAGGUUUUUUCCUUUUUUUUUUUUUUUGAAAAAUGCACUACUGUGUGCUGAGCGCUUUUCUGAUCCUGCAUCUGGUCACAGUUGCGCUCAGCCUGUCUACCUGCAGCACACUCGAUAUGGACCAGUUCAUGCGCAAGAGGAUCGAGGCGAUCCGCGGGCAGAUCCUGAGCAAGCUGAAACUCACCAGCCCCCCAGAAGACUAUCCCGAGCCCGAGGAAGUCCCCCCGGAGGUGAUUUCCAUCUACAACAGCACCAGGGACUUGCUCCAGGAGAAGGCGAGCCGGAGGGCAGCCGCCUGCGAACGCGAGAGGAGCGACGAGGAGUACUACGCCAAGGAAGUCUACAAGAUAGACACGUCCUACUUCCCCUCCGAAAAUGCCAUCCCACCCACCUUCUACAGACCCUACUUCAGAAUUGUCCGAUUUGAUGUGUCAGCAAUGGAGAAGAAUGCCUCCAACCUGGUGAAGGCAGAAUUCAGAGUCUUCCGUUUGCAGAACCCAAAGGCCAGAGUGUCCGAACAACGCAUAGAACUGUAUCAGAUUCUCAAAUCCAAAGAUUUAACAUCUCCAACCCAGCGCUACAUUGACAGCAAAGUGGUGAAAACAAGAGCAGAGGGCGAAUGGCUCUCCUUCGACGUAACGGAUGCUGUUCAUGAAUGGCUUCACCAUAAAGACAGGAAUCUGGGAUUUAAAAUAAGUUUACACUGUCCCUGCUGCACCUUUGUACCAUCUAAUAAUUACAUCAUCCCAAAUAAAAGCGAAGAACUAGAAGCAAGAUUUGCAGGUAUUGAUGGCACCUCCACAUAUACCAGUGGUGAUCAGAAAACUAUAAAGUCCACUAGGAAAAAAAACAGUGGGAAGACCCCACAUCUCCUGCUAAUGUUAUUGCCCUCCUACAGACUUGAGUCACAACAGUCCAACCGGCGGAAGAAGCGUGCUUUGGAUGCAGCCUAUUGCUUUAGAAAUGUACAGGAUAAUUGCUGCCUACGCCCACUUUACAUUGACUUCAAGAGGGAUCUCGGGUGGAAAUGGAUACAUGAACCCAAAGGGUAUAAUGCCAACUUCUGUGCCGGGGCAUGCCCAUAUUUAUGGAGUUCAGAUACUCAGCACAGUAGGGUCCUCAGCUUAUAUAACACCAUAAAUCCAGAGGCAUCAGCUUCUCCUUGCUGUGUGUCCCAGGAUUUAGAACCCUUAACAAUUCUCUACUACAUCGGCAAAACACCCAAGAUUGAACAGCUAUCUAACAUGAUCGUCAAAUCUUGCAAAUGCAGCUAAACGUUUUGGAAAGGUGGCAAGACAAAAAUGAUAAUGUUGAUAAUGAUGAAUUUAAUAGUAAUGAUGACGAUGAUGACAAUGAUGAUGCUUAUAACAAGAAAACAUAGGAGAGCCUUGAUUCAUCAGUGUUAAUUUUUUUUUUUUUGAAAAAGCGGUACUAAUUCAAACACUUUGGAAGUUUCUGUUGUGUGUUAAAACUGCCAUCUGAAACCAAGAAAGCUGAAAGCCUUAUUCUACAUUUCACCUACCUUGUAAGUGAGAGAGACAAGAAGCAAAAUCUUUUUUAUUUUAAGAAAAAAAUAAACACUGGAAGAAUUUGUUGGUGUUAAUUAUGUGAAAGAAAAAAACAGGAAAAUCCCGCUAAGUGGAGUUGCUGUACGUACCGUUCCUAUCCCAUGCUUCACUUGACUUUUCUGUAUUGCUAUGCAAUAGGCACUCUUCCCAUUCUUACUCCUAGAGUUAACAGUGAGUUAUUUAUUGCGUGUUACUAUAUAAUGAACAUUUCAUUGCCCUUGGAAAAUAAAACAGGUGUACAAAGUGGAGACCAAAUACUUUGCCAGAAACUCAUGGAUGGCUUAAGGAACUUGAACUUAAACGAGCCAGAAAAAAAGAGGUCGUACUAUUGGGAAGAAAACCCAAGUGAGUUAUUACAUGUAUGGCUGAACAAGUCUGCAUUUAGAUAAGGACCCUGAAAACUCAUGAUGCAAUGUCCCAACUGCCUGAGGAAGCUUCUUAGAAGGUUAAACCAUUAAAAAAAAAAAAAAAAAAAAAAAAGCUUGUUAAUAAAGGAAACUUUGAGUCAGAAUAAGUCUGUAGGAUUUUUUCUUUUUAAUUGUAAAUGGUUCUUUGUCAGUUUAGUAAACCAAUGAAAUGUUGAAAUGUGUUGCCAUGAUAUACUGGUCAAUCUUUGGACCUUAAAGUAUUGCUGAAUAGCUAUGCGCUAGGAUUUUUUUUUCUUU